GCCUAAGCGCCAUGGUUUAAUAGACGCAUAACCUUUAGGGUAACGUAACCUAACAUAUAUAUCGUUUUGUUUAAGUUUCUGCUUAGAGAAUUAAUACAAUUAUUCAAACAUAAAAUACAGAGCAUCUGAUAUUAAUUUUUAGUGAAAAUGGAUAUUCGUCCAAAUAAUACCAUUUAUAUCAAUAAUUUAAAUGAAAAGAUUAAGAAAGAAGAAUUAAAAAAAUCAUUGUAUGCUAUUUUCUCUCAAUUUGGUCAAAUUUUGGAUAUUGUGGCUUUGAAAACAUUGAAGAUGCGUGGACAGGCAUUUGUUAUUUUCAAGGAAAUAGCAAGUGCUACAAAUGCCUUGAGAUCGAUGCAAGGCUUUCCAUUCUAUGACAAACCAAUGAGAAUACAAUAUGCUAAAACUGACAGCGAUAUAAUUGCCAAAAUGAAAGGUACCUUUGCAGAGCGUCCAAAGAAACCAAAACGAGUUAUUCCAGUGGCAGAUGAAGAAGCCAAACGUGCCAAGAAACGUGCAAAAGAGCAAGCAAAACAUUCACAACAAAUUGGUUACCAUGCUAGUGUACCCCCACAUCCAGGACUUGUUAAUACCGCUGUUCCUGAACAGCCACCUAAUCAGAUAUUGUUCUUAACAAAUUUACCUGACGAGACGAGUGAAAUGAUGUUAUCAAUGCUGUUUAAUCAAUUUCCGGGCUUCAAAGAGGUACGGUUAGUACCUAACCGACAUGAUAUUGCAUUUGUUGAAUUUGAAAAUGAGGUUCAAUCUGGAGCGGCAAAGGAUGCGCUUCAAGGUUUCAAAAUUACACCUUCACAUGCAAUGAAAAUAUCAUUUGCAAAGAAAUAGAUUUAUAAUCUUUUUGUAUUGAUCAUACUAUAUAACAAAAUAGAAAUAAAGUGUAAGUUGAACUGCAUUUGUAUAAAAAUAAAUGUAGUCAUUGAUAUUGGCUUUGAUUAUCUUACAUAAUUUUUUGCAAGCUAAAGUAUUUUAUGUAAUAUCCAGUGUUAUUUUGCAAUGGGAUUUAACAACAAUUUUUAAUGUGAUUUCUCACAUUAUUGCAUAUAUUCUGUCUGAUAAGUUGUGCUAUAUACGUGAAAUAUUUCAAUUUAAAAG